GAGUGUCUUAGAUUUGUAGAUUCCCUUCACAGUUAUUUGGAUUGGAUAACCAUUCUGCUUUGCCUAUUGGGUUGGUGUUUUUCUAUUUCCCCCUAACAAUUUAAGUGUUUUUUGACUUUCUGGAUAUUGAAGUUUUCAAUCAGUUAUUAUGCAACUCUCAAGUUUUGUGAAUUCAGAAACAAAGGGUGUUUGUGGGUUUUGGUGAAUUAAGAAGUGAGUCUCAGAGUGAGAAGAGUGUGAGCAUGUCUAGUAGAACCAGCUGCUGUGGUUUCAGACCUGGUUCCUUCAUUAUGGAAACCCAGUUGACUAGUAGAGGAAAGGGUUUUGCUGCCAUUUUUGGGUCCUCUACAAAGCCUAAAUCACUCAGGGUUCAGGCCUCUGAUGAAGAAGUUGAGGAUCUUGUCCCCUCUAAUACGGGCAAGCCUUCUGGAACCGUUCUGCCCUAUGUUGGUGUUGCCUGCCUUGGAGCUACUUUAUUUGGUUAUCAUCUUGGGGUGGUAAAUGGGGCUCUUGAGUACCUUGCCAAGGAUCUUGGAAUCACUCAAAACACUGUGCUACAAGGAUGGAUUGUCAGCGCACUACUUGCUGGUGCUACUGUUGGUUCAUUUACUGGUGGAUCACUAGCUGACAAAUUUGGCCGGACUAGGACUUUUCAGUUGGAUGCAAUCCCUCUAGCAAUUGGAGGAUUUCUUUGUGCUACUGCUCAGAGUGUUCAGACAAUGAUCAUUGGUCGCUUGCUAGCUGGUAUAGGAAUUGGUGUUGCAUCUGCAAUUGUACCACUAUACAUAUCUGAGAUUUCUCCAACUGAAAUUCGUGGUGCACUUGGAUCUGCUAAUCAACUUUUUAUAUGUAUUGGGAUUCUUGCAGCACUACUGGCUGGUUUGCCUCUGGCAGAAAAUCCUAUAUGGUGGCGGACAAUGUUUGGAAUUUCGGUAGUUCCAUCUAUUCUGUUUGCACUUGGAAUGACAAUUUCUCCAGAAAGUCCUAGGUGGCUUUUCCAGCAAGGGAAAAUCUCUGAGGCUGAAAAGGCUGUCAGAACACUAUAUGGAAAAGAAAGAGUUGCUUUGGUUAUGCAUGAGUUGACAGCAGCAAGUCAAGGUUCUUCUGAACCCGAAGCAGGAUGGCUUGAUCUGUUCAGUAGCCGAUAUCGGAAAGUUGUCAGUGUAGGGGGGACACUUUUCUUGUUGCAGCAGUUGGCUGGAAUAAAUGCUGUCGUCUAUUAUUCAACUUCUGUUUUCCGCAGUGCUGGAAUUGAUUCUGAUGUUGCAGCAAGUGCAUUGGUUGGUGCAUCCAACGUUUUUGGCACAGCUGUUGCUUCAUCCUUGAUGGACAAACAAGGAAGGAAAAGUCUCCUUAUUGCAAGCUUUAGUGGAAUGGCUGCUUCUAUGUUGCUUCUUUUUGUGUCUUUUACUUGGAAGGUCCUUGCACCAUACUCUGGCACCCUUGCAGUCUUUGGCACUGUUCUCUAUGUUUUAUCCUUCUCUCUUGGUGCUGGUCCUGUGCCUGCCCUCCUUCUACCAGAGAUAUUUGCAUCUAGAAUCAGAGCAAAAGCAGUUUCUUUGUCAUUAGGCACGCAUUGGAUCACCAACUUUGUCAUCGGGCUCUAUUUCUUGAGUGUAGUGAACAAGAUUGGCAUUGGCAUCGUGUACUUGGGAUUCUCAAUAGUUUGUCUUCUUACAGUCCUGUACAUAGCUGGUAAUGUUGUGGAAACCAAGGGUCGAUCACUGGAAGAAAUAGAACGUGCACUUAGUCCUGCUACUCAAAAUAAUUCAGAAAUGCACGCAGUCUAAUUAAUUCUAGUCCUGCUCUUAGAAUUCUUGUUCCUUAUAUACUAAUUUUUUUUACACUAGAUGUGGCCAUUAGUUUUAUCUUACAUGUCAAUCCUUUUUUAUUUUGUUGCUUAUUAAGUUACUCUGCUGGUUACUAUUAUUUUACUAAAUCUUUCAAUAGGUGCUUUUAAUGUAAAACUUUUUCAAUGGGGGCCUUUAUACU